AGCUGCAACAUAUUUCAAUGUCUUUAUUAUUUCCCCCUCUAUUUUUUUCCACUUAUGUUAACUUUGUAUCGAAACGAAUGAUGACAUGGACUUUGCAUGAUGAGGAAGGCAUUUAAUAUCGGAUGUCAACAGCAUUUUACGCACAGGUUCAACACCGUGGAAGGGAUGCAUUUGCUGUCACUUUUUGACGAAUGUCAAUUUAGCAUUGCUUAUUUGUUGGAAAACUAUAUUUCAUUGUGAUACGGCGUUCAGUUGCAUGCAAUGGCAUUUAUAUAAUCGUUGUCAGUAUUUGUUUGUAGGCUUAAUUAUUUGAACCGCCUGACAAACAUCAACGUCAUUGAUGUAGGACAAGAGGACUGAUGAAUCGGUGCAUUGCUUGAUCCAGUUCCUUCUGGACAAGAUCUGGGGAUGAGUAGAUAGGCUAUUAGACAACCAUUACCGGGUUUAUGUAGAUCGGCUCGGUCUUCACUUAACAUAGAAUAAUUCGGCUUUACCGCAGGCUGCUAGUAAAGCCUCAACCAUGUAUGCUGGACGGAAAAGAAGAAAACCGGUGCAAAGAGGCAUCGAAGUGAAAGACCAAAAAGAGAAACAGACAGCUCCAUCUGAAGGGACCAAGUCUAACCCAUCAAAGCGCCACCGGGACCGUCUCAACUCUGAGUUAGACCGUCUGGCCAGUCUACUGCCCUUCCCAGAAGAGGUCACGUCCAGCUUGGAUAAACUCUCUAUCUUACGGCUCAGCGUGAGCUACCUGAGGACCAAGAACUUCUUCUCAGUUGCCCUGAAGACCCACGCUUGCAAGGGGUUGAAGGCCAACGGUGGUAACCAUGACAACAGCAAGACAACGGGAUUGGUGGAUGGCUGGAUGCCCGAGGGUGAACUCCUAUUGCAGGUUGGUGGGCAGGCCCCAGGUGCAGGGCACAAACACACGACAAGCAGUGUGACACCCCAGCUGACGCCUGCACUACACCAUACAUUCUGUGCACUGUAA